CGAUCAUCGCAACAUUUUUUCGUUGGCGCGUGUUGUUGUCAAGGGCAGCAACAGCGCCACCAAGGGCAGAGGGACAUGCGCAAAAACGGCUUUGAGGCUCCCCUGGAGCCUCUGCAGGUGCUGACAUGGGUGCUGUUGCUUCUCAUCGUAGGAGGCUUUUAUUCCUUCAUCGUCCCGGCACUUGAACAAGUGUGGGCGAUGGUCGCUGGCCUGGUGUACGGGGUGUUGGCCUCAUCAACAGUCCUUGCCGGCGUAUUAGCCUGCUUGAGAGACCCGAUUGACCCUAACGUCCGCCGCUUCCACCAGGGCGAAACUGCGGCGGGGUCGGCGGCCGACAAAACUUUCUGUUUCCUUUGCCAGCUGCACGUGAACAAAGGGAGUCGCCAUUGUCGCUACUGCGACAAAUGCGUCGAUAGAUUCGACCACCAUUGCAAAUGGCUUAACAAUUGCGUGGGCCGCAGCAACUAUAGGUAUUUCGUUACUCUUUUAGUAUCGACGUUUUUCAUGACCUCGAUCCAGCUGGGAAUAUCAUCAUGGUUUGCCGUCAUGUAUCACUCGGACAACGUGGCAUUCAGCGAUAGAGUCGAGGGCAGAUACGCACGAUUAGGAGGGACAGGACAUAUUGUGCUGGUGUAUGCGUUUGCUGUAUUGGUUUUACCUUUCCUCGGGCUUUUGGCGCAGCUGCUGGGAUUCCACAUCAUGCUGAUCUCGCGAAAUUUGACAACGUACGACUACAUCGUACAAGAGCAACGGAAAGAGCGGGAACGGAAAGAGCGAAGAAGAAUAUUGGACAAGGAAAAGUCGGGUGCGCGCCGUCCAUUGGCGUGCUGCGUAUCCGGUGAACGGGGGGGAGUGGACGCCGCCGCUCCCACGAAGUCGGGGCAGGCAUUGGUGCCAUGACUUCCAGUUGUAAAAACUAUGAUGCGCGCAACGAAAGCGUGUUUUCUGUUCUGUGAGUUCACCAAACUCUUGUUGCGUCUUUUCAGCUGUGAAGAUCUCUUUGCACGUCUUGUAAUGUUGUCAGAGCAUUCCAUGCUUCCAGAUUAGUGUAGGAUAGUGUAGGCUUGAAUUUUGUUUUUUGCACGGGUGCAUGCAUUGAGUCAUGGAUUCUGUUCGAUGUGCUGUAGUUGCUUGAUUGUAGGGUUGGUAUAUAUAUAUUGUUGUAUUAGUCGCUGUCACACUUGAGGCCUGACAUAUUCGGCGGACGCCCAAUGACGAAGAAGGCAAGCAAGCCAAGGCUGUUAAUUAAUUUUGUUUGGGUCCAAUGAUCAUACGCCGCACGCAGCUACGUGUUCCGGUAAGCCCGGCAAUCAAUCCUCGCAACGCAACACAAGGAACAAACAGCCGAGCCGUGCCGUGUCCG